UCGUCACAUACAAAUAUGUUGGCUCUUUCGCGGAAAAAAGAUUGACUUUCUUUCGCUUACUAUAGAGGAUUGUGAUGUACAAAAAUGUAUCACGCACAUGUUUAUGCGUGUGUAACGUAUUGUAAUAAAAGAUAUGCGUUAAAUAAAAUUUUGUUCAAUUAAGAAAUUUUCGAAAUGAAGGUAAAAAUUUUAACAAGAAAUCCAGACGAAUACCUAAGAGAAACAAAACGUGACAUAUACAAAGUUCCUAGAAAUUAUGAUCCAGCAUUACAUCCUUUUGAAGCAGCAAGAGAAUAUACUAGGGCUUUAAAUUCAGUAAAAUUAGAAAGGGUAUUUGCAAAACCUUUUGUAGGAUGUUUAGAGGGUCACAAAGAUGGUGUAUCUUGUUUAUGUAAACAUCCUUCUCAAUUGUCUAUGUUACUUAGUGGAUCUUUUGAUGGAGAAGUAAGCCUAUGGAAUGUUACGCACAGAACACGCAUUCGUGGUUUUUUGGCACAUGAUGGUAUAAUACGAGGAAUUGUAUUUAACGAAAAUGGUGACCAUUUCAUCACUGUUGGUGAUGAUAAAACUAUUAAAACAUGGAAAACGGAAAAAAUAUCAUUUAAUGGAGAAGAAGAACCUAUAAAUACAAUUAUUAGUAAAACAAUAAUAACUGGAAUUUCUCAUCAUCGAUCUCAACCAAUGUUUGCAACAUGUGGUGAUGUGUGUCAUUUAUGGGAAGAAACUAGAAAUGAACCAAUUAACACAUUUAAAUGGGGUGUUGAUAGUUUGUAUGAUAUUAAAUAUAAUCCUGUUGAGACCAAUUUAUUUGCUGCAUGUGCAAGUGAUCGUAGUAUAAUUUUAUAUGAUACUAGAGAAGCAGGUCCUUUGCGAAAAGUAAUUAUGAGGUUAAAGACUAAUAAAUUAUCAUGGAAUCCCAUGGAAGCUGUUACUUUCACAUGUGCUAAUGAAGAUUACAACUUAUAUACUUACGAUAUUCGCAAAUUGGGAACACCAGUAAAUGUACAUAUGGAUCACGUAGAAGCUGUGAUUGAUGUUGAUUACUCACCAACUGGUAAAGAAUUUGUAUCUGGGAGUUAUGAUAAAUCAAUUCGUAUUUUUGAAGUACAGAAAGGUCGUUCUCGAGAAGUUUACCAUACAAAACGUAUGCAAAGAUUAACAUGUAUAGGAUGGUCUCUUGAUAACAAAUAUAUUAUUAGUGGAAGCGACGAAAUGAAUAUUCGUAUUUGGAAAGCAAGGGCGUCAGAAAAAUUGGGUGUGUUAAGACCUAGAGAAAAGGCAUCAUUAUAUUACAGUGAUGCUUUGAAACAAAAGUUUGCUGCACAUCCUGAAGUAAAACGAAUUGCCAGACAUAGGCAGGUUCCAAAACAUAUUUAUAAUGCAAAGGCUGAAUUACGUAUAAUUCGAGAGAAAAAUAAACGAAAGGAAGCUAAUAGGCGUAUUCAUUCUAAAAAAGGAGCAGUACCCUUUAUUUCGGAAAGAGAAAGAAAUGUUGUACGGGAAGAAGUAUAAUGCAGAAUUAUGUAUUAUAGCAUUACACAUUUUUGCAUUGUUUUAAAAUAAAGAUAAAACGAG